AUGCGUGGAUUCCUGUUACUUUUUGUUAUUGCCUCCGUUUCGGCGGCCAAGUUGGGAUAUAAUUACCAAGCUGCUUCCAGUGAUCGUCGGUUUGCUGGACUCAUCGAUGCGGAGGCCACAGGAUUUAGUUCUACACACACACAUCAGCAGCAGCAGCAGCAAUUGGUCCAACAGGACUCGCAACAACAGAUUCCUGCUGCUGCGGAUGAGUUCAGCAAGGAGUUCUACACAUAUUCCGCUCCCGAGGAGGAGUUUGCGGAUCGGGAGGCCACCGAACACAUUGCCAGCAUGCUGAAGCGGAAUCUGCGCGUUUUGUUCAUCAAGUCACCAGAACACCAGGGCCUUACCAACGCCGCCCUCCAGUUGGCCAAGCAGGCCAGUGAGCAGAAGACGGCUAUCUAUGUGCUCAGCAAGCAGGCGGAUGUGGGUCAGUUGGCUCAGCGUCUGGCUAGUGAGAACCAGGCUCAGAAUCACAAGCCUGAGGUGCACUUCGUCAAGUAUCGCACUCCCGAGGAUGCUGUUCGGGCCCAGCAGCUUAUUCAGCAGCAGUUCGACUCCUUGGGCGGCAGCUCCCGCAGUUCCGACGAAGGUGUGGCACCAGUUCUGGACUUUAGCUCAGCACCAGCUCCUAUAAUUGUUCAAGAUCAGAAUGAUGCUCAAAACCAAGUCCAGGCGGUUACACCGCUCACUAAGUAUUUGCCAGCGGCAUUACUGCGAAGCAAAUAGUUGCAAGUCUAUAUUAUUGAACACUUUAACUUAAGCCCUAAUUUUAUAUGCCUAGAAAUACAAAGAAGGAUACAAAUCAAA